UUAUUUAUAUGUUGAUAUGAAGAAAAAAUAAAUAAGAUGAAUAAGACAAGAGUCUAUAUCUACAUGUAAUAAAACAAAUGAAAACAUGGGUCAGAAUUUCCGGGUCUCGUUUGGCGGAUAGGAUCGACAAAGAUUGGUACUUGGUGAAGAUUGUUGUACACCAGGAGGCAGUGAUAUGCUCGUAUUUUGCGAGGUCAAGUUAAGGGUUAUAGAUAUAAAGAGCCCGUGAAAUACAAAGAAACAACAUGAAUACUGUGGGCGACGACACCCCCCGUUGGCCCUUAGGUGCAUCACCGAUAUCAUCUACCUGUGUUUCUUGGCGUUAUGUUUAUGAUCUUGCAUACGUAAAAAUUCAACAUUUUUUCAAAGACUUGUAAACGAUGAAAAAGAAUGAAUAUGUCAGAGGAUUGUUGGGACCACGUGGGAUUACUCCAGGAUGUCAAUCAUUUGGAGCAACAAUCAGCAGCACAAACAAAUCAGGAUUUUCUUUGUCUUCAACAGCCACUGCAUCAUGUGCAUCAACAACAUACUUGUAAACGACUUGAAAAAGAAUGGAUAUGUCAGAGGAUUGUUGGGACCACGUGGGAUUACUCCAGGAUGUCAAUCAUUCGGAUCAACAAUCAGCAGCACAAACAAAUCAGGAUUUUCUUUGUCUUCAACAGCCACUGCAUCAUGUACAUCAACAACAUCUGUUAAUAAGUGGUGGACAACCAACAACAGCAACAUCACCAGCAAUGUCAGGUGGUGCACUAAGUCCUGGUGCAUUAUCACCUUCAUCAACGGCAACAACAACUGGUGCAGCACCAGGUGCAACUGGUGGUGCAACAACACCAGUUGGUGGUUCAACUGGUCCAAGUUGUUGUGAAAAUGGUAGACCUAUGAUGACAGAUCCAGUAACUGGUCAAACAGUAUGUUCUUGUCAGUAUGAUAGUGCUGCUAGACUUGCACUUGGUGCUUAUCCAAGACUUGGUCCAUCAGCAACAUCAUACUCAUCUUAUCCAACACCAACACCUUCAGCAACUGAUCAGGGACCUUAUCCAAGUAUUGGAAUGGAUAGUUCUGCCUUUUAUUCACCUUUGGGAAAUCCUUAUGGCUUAAAAGAUGCAACGGGAAUGGGUAUGACAGCUGAUAUGGGUGCAGCAUGGGGAGCAGCAGGAUUGCAACCAUCACCAGCUGGAUAUUAUGGCUAUGAUCCAUCAAUUGCAGGUUACAGUUAUGGCGCUGGUUAUGAUCUUGCAGCACGUAGAAAAAAUGCAACAAGAGAAUCAACAGCAACAUUAAAAGCAUGGCUAAAUGAACAUAAAAAAAAUCCAUAUCCAACAAAAGGUGAAAAAAUAAUGUUAGCAAUUAUAACUAAAAUGACAUUAACACAAGUAUCAACAUGGUUUGCAAAUGCAAGAAGACGUUUAAAAAAAGAAAAUAAAAUGACAUGGGAACCAAAAAAUAAAACUGAUGAUGAUGAUGAUGCAAUAUUAUCUGAUUCAGAAGAUGCUAAAGAUAAAGAUGACAUGAGUAGUGACAAUCGUAGCGAUAGAAUUGGUGAUGAAUCAAGACGUGGUCUUGAUGAUAAUGAACCAAUGAGACACGUUAAAGCUGAACAUAUGCAACAUGACAAAGAUCUUGAUGAUGAUGAUGAGCUUGAUCUUGAAGAUGAUCCAAGAAGAGGAGAAAUGUCAUUUCAUCAUAUGCCCCAACAUCAUCAUCACCUUCAUCAUCAAUCUUAUGAUGAUCAUAUGAAAGAAGAAGUUAAAUCUGAGUGUCAAGCUAGUGGUGUACCAAUACCAGCAUCAAAACCAAAAAUUUGGUCGUUAGCUGAUACAGCAGCAUGUAAAACACCUCCACCACCAUCUCAUCCACAUCAUCAAGCUUAUUUAAAUCAUCAACAACACUAUGGACAUCAUCAACAACACUCACAACAUCAUCAGCAUCAACAACAUCAUCAACAGCAACAACAACAACAACAGCAACAACAACAGCAACAUCACCAACAUCAACAGCAUCAUCUUGCAACACAACAGUCACAACAUUCUCAUCAACAUUCACAACAACCUUGGCUAGGUUCAAGUGGACUUGGUAGUGUAGGUGUUGGUGGUGUCAGUGGUGGUAGUGGUAUCAAUGCAAGUGUUGGUGAUAGUGUUAGUGGUGGACUUGGAUCAUUUGCAUUACCAUCAUCAGCAUCAAUGAGUCCAUCAUCAGCAGCAACAGCACCAUAUUCAAAUGCCGUAACAAGAUAUGGUGGUUUUUUAAGUUCAUCAUCAGGUGGACAAUUACAUUAUAAUCCAAAUUCAUCAUCAGGAUCAACAUCAAGUGCAUCAUCAUCAGCUGCCGCGGGGUUUCCCGAAGUUGGUACGGACACGCCACCACAAACACCACCGAGUAUGAAAGUGGCAACACCCAAUGGCGUGAUCCCAGCACAAGUGGGAGCAUAUUGCCCAAGUGGCAAUACCACAACCAACAACAAUAAUAAUAAUAAUCAAAUAACAAAUCAUCAUUAUACAAGUGGACAUGGUAAUAGUAGUAAUGGUUAUUUAUCAACAAGUUCUGGAUCAGCAAGUAGUAAUUCUUCAUUUGGAUCACGUUUACAAUCAUCACCACACAAAGAUUUUGUUGGUGGUAAUCAAAAUUCCGUCCUUCAUCAGCAAACAACUGCCAGUCUUCCACCCACAGAAGCUACCACAGCGUUUAAGCCAUUUUAUAAAGGUUACAGAUCCCAGUCCAUGGCCACCGGCUUUGUAUCGCCCGUUUAAGAAUCAUCUUUCCAGGUCAAAAAGCAUCAUCAUUAAUCUCUCCUUUUCUCUGUAACCUCAGGAUAAGCAGAGGCUUGUGAUAAGAAAUUUUUUUUUUUUUUAUAUAUAUAUUAUCAUUGAUUGAUAAGAACUGGUCUAUCCCAUAAAUUGCAAAAGAGCAUUCACCAAAAUGAACAAAAAAAAAAAAUAUUAUUCUUUCAAAUUCACAUGGGAAAAAUAUAUAUAUAAAAAAUAAAAAAAAAUCAAAUAAAUAAAACAGCAAAAGCAGUCAAAAACGAUAAGAUGGAAGAAGAAAAAAAAAAGAAAAAAAAUUUUUUAGAUAGUGGAGAUGAAGGCAAAGAGUGUCUCGACCUUCUUCAUCCAUAAAUCGUUGGCUCCAUUGCAAAAGAUCACAUAGAAACCAAGCAGACAUUGAAGGGAGAAACUAAAAUUCUCUUGGAUUAGACGAUGGACAAGAAUGAGAACGAAUAAAAAUAAAUAAAAUUUUAAAAGAAGGAUUAGAAGAGGAGAAAAAAAAAAUGAAUAAAAAGAGUUCACUGAGUGAAGAAGAGUCGUUGUCAGAGAAACCAAGUGCAUGCUUACAAUAAAUACGUGCUAGGAAACUCAAAGCUUUUCUUGUGAAUUUUUCUAGUAAAAAAAUAAACGAAAAUAAAGCUACAAAUUGUAACUCACAAUACAACAUCAAUUUUUCAAAAAAUAAUAAUAAUAAUUAUAAAUUUAAAAAAGAUGAUUGCAAUAUAAAAUUACAAUUAUUAUUAUUUUUUUUUUUUUCAAGUAUCAAAGAGUAAACACAAGAUCAAGAAAAUUCGAAGAUAAUAAAAUGAUAAUAUAAAUAUAUACAUAUAUAUAAAUGGCAUAUAUGUCGGGCAAAGUGCAAGAAGAAAUGAAAAUUAAAGUGUGAAUAAAGAAAAUAAGAAAACAAAAAAAAAACAAAGUAUAAAUGUUUAAAAUAAAAAUUAUCACCGCAACGAGAUAACUUGAUUCUAAUCGCUGGGCGGUCGCAAGGAUUAAAUAAUGAAAAACUAGAUAAAUAUAUAAAUAAAUUUCAGUCGAUGAUACUCCAUUGUGUAUAGAGACUUAAUAAUAUUAUUAAUAAUAAAAUUAAUUUUAAACAAAAAUCGUACCUUACGACCGCGGCAGUGUCUCGCUUUUACCUAUCUACCUGUUAGAAUAUUAAUUAAGACAAGCAAAAAAAAAAUUAAAAACUUAAAAUAAAAUACAGAAAAUAGACAAAUCAUAUUUAAAGUUAUAUCACUAUUAACCAUACACAGAAAAAAAAAAAAAAUAUUAAUAAACUGUCACUGUUAAUUAAUUGUUUUACCACAAGAAAAAAAAAAAAAUAGUUAAAACGAAAAAAAAAACCAGGUUAAAUAAAAAAAUUGUAAAAUUAUUGCAAACAUUAAAUUAAACGUAGUCCUGUAGACAUGUACUUUAAGAGGGUUAAUUGCAUACCACGUGAUUUUGCAUCCCUCCUCUUCCUCCUCCUUGAACCGCCUCCUUCCUCAGUCACAGUAGACACGCUAUGCAUAUAUUAAUAUGGAGUUGAAUAUACGUGGACGAUGAUUACGAGUAAUGCAACGAAAUAAAUAAUCAUUAUAAAUAUUACACGACAUAUGAUUAAUGAACUUGAUAAAAAAAUCAGUGUAAAAAAAUAAAUUAUAAUUAUUAAAUUGUAUAAAUUAUUGAAUAACAAUAUUUCAAAAAAAAAAAAAAAAUUCAUUAACAAUUGGCUCUUUUCUGUGUCUAUUUUGAAACUUUAAUUUUGCUAAAAACUAAAUGAUAAAAAAAAAUAUUGUAAAUUUUAAUCAAAAAAUUUUUAUUUUUUAUUUUUUAAGUGAUUUUUUAUUUUAUUUUUGACAAUGAUACACUGUUGAUAAUGUUUUAAUAAGUCCCUCUGCGAUUUGCUACUCUAAUUUAAAAAAAAAAAAAAAAAAUGAACAAGUGUUUUUUGUACUUUGGCAUUGUAAGAACAAAAACAAAAAUAUUAUACAAGUGUAAUGAAGAUGAUUAUAAAAAAAAAAAGGAGAAAAGUUGAUUUAUUUGUAUCUGUGAUAAAAAAAAAAAUAAUUAAAAAGAAAGAUAAAAAAAAAAAUCUAUAAAAGAUUGUGUAGUGGGUGUUUGAGCAUUCGUUGACUCGUAUAUAUACGACCUCUAAUAUGUAUAUAUGCAUAAAAAUAUUAACUAAAUUAGAUGAAUAAUAUGUCUUUUUUUUUUUGUAUAUAAUUAGAAAAAUUAAAAUA